AUGUCACAGCCUAUCCAUCCUGACAUCGCGAAUAAGCCCGCGGCGGGAAUCUCAUACUUCACGCCCGCUCAAGUCCCACCCGCGGGAUCCGCAGCGAUCCCUCAAUCGGAUGGAGUCAACCCGCCGAAGCUAUUCCAACCCUUCAAAGUGCGGGGUGUGACAUUCCACAACCGUGUAGGGCUUUCCCCGUUGUGUCAAUACAGCGCUGAAGAUGGCCACAUGACAGAUUGGCACAUGGCCCACUUGGGCGGAAUCGCUCAGCGCGGACCCGGAUUCCUAAUGGUAGAAGCAACAGCCGUUCAACCCGAAGGUCGUAUCACGCCUCAAGACCACGGACUAUGGAAAGACAGCCAGAUCGAACCACUUCGCCGCGUCGUCGAGUUCGUCCACAGCCAAAACCAGAUAAUUGGUAUUCAGUUAGCCCAUGCGGGUCGCAAGGCAAGCACUGUGGCCCCAUGGCUAAGCAUGGCGGAUAUGGCGACCGAGGCUGUUGGUGGAUGGCCAGAUAACGUGAAGGGACCGAGCAACAUUCCUUUCCACGACAAGUUCCCCACACCAAAAGCGAUGACGAAGGAUGAUAUAGAACAAUUCAAGAAAGACUGGGUAGCUGCGACCAAGCGCGCUCUAAAAGCAGGCGUGGAUUAUGUCGAGAUCCACAACGCACACGGAUACUUGCUCAUGAGUUUCUUGUCGCCGGCAACCAAUAAGAGAACCGAUGAGUAUGGCGGCAGCUUCGAAAACCGAAUUCGUUUGACGUUGGAAGUCGCCAAGUUAACUCGUGAGACGGUGCCUGAUACGAUGCCUAUCUUCCUUCGCGUCUCAGCGACAGACUGGCUCGAGGAGGCGAUGCCCAAUGAGCCGAGCUGGCGCGUGGAAGAUACAGUUCGUCUUGCGGAGCGGCUGGCGGACAGCGGCAACAUCGACGUGCUUGAUAUCAGCAGCGGAGGAAACCACCGCGCACAGCAUAUCCAUGCCAAGCCAGCUUUCCAGGCACCAUUUGCUAUCAAGGUUAAAGAGGCCGUUGGCGAUAGGUUGAAGGUCGGCUCGGUCGGCAUGAUUGAUUCUGGCCAUCUAGCCAAUUCUCUUGUGGAGAAGGACGGCCUCGAUUUUGUGUUGAUUGGGCGUGGGUUCCAGAAGAAUCCAGGAUUGGUCUGGACUUGGGCUGAGGAGCUUAAUGUCGAGAUCUCAAUGGCAAAUCAGAUCCGUUGGGGCUUUUCUAGUCGUGGUGGAGGAGUUUAUUUGAAGAAGCGAGAAGGUAAGAUGUAG